UAAAGGUAGAUGAUAUUUACCUCGCUGUUCACGAUGGGGGUGAUAAACUUUUUGACCACGAUACAUUAAAAAGCGGAGAAGACACUAAAAAACUACAAGUUCAGAAGUCAAAUGAUUUGGGUUCGUAUUUAUUGAUUAAUCAGGAAAGAAUCCCGCUAAAAAAUGUUUUGGAAAACCCGGAAAUUCCUGAACAACAUACAAGAGGAGGG